CCAGUUUCUGCGAACUGUACUUUAACGACCCUGAUUAUUAAAAGAUGCUGCUUAUGGAGAAUAAUGACAACAAAGCCAGACAAAGGAAAUCUUGUUGACUUAUUAUUUAACUUAAAAUGAGAACGGUAUCAUGGAAUUAAAGAUCUAGGGAGUCUAUUUCGUUUAAUUUUUGAAAGACAGCCUUUCCUCAUAAUGUACGACUACGGUAACGGAAUUCAGUGAAAGACUGCAUUUUUUGUAUUCUGUAGUUUUGUGUGAUUGAGCCCAAUGUACAAGUCAGUAGUUUCAUUAGCAAAGGAUGGAUUUGGUCAACAGUUAUUACUAUCAUUCUGGUCCUCCAUUUUAACUUUGCUGUUAACAUGAAGAAGAUAUGUUUGAGCCUCUAGAGCUGUAAUCUGUAUAUCAUAUCAGCGAUAUUAUUUUCUGAACAUAAAGAAAAUCUGAAGACGAUCAGGUUCACCAAUGGAGCCUAUGUCUGCGACAACUACACUUGCAAUGCCUAGAUAUCUUGUUCGAUUCAACCACAGCUUGUUCUUGAACUCAUUAUUGAACAAUAUUUCCAGUCGGUCUACGCUUAUAACGAUUUUGACGCAGACAACAUCACACAGUCCGGUUGUGAACAAUAAUGUUGAAGGGGGCAGUGGUGGUGCCAGUAAUGACGAGGAUCUCUUUGGGGAGCAUUACUUUCACAUCUGUAUCUACAUCUGGGCCUGUGUGGUGGUCAGCAGCCUCAUUGCCCUUUCAGUGGUAAUCUUUCAUAUCGCCGUCAUCUAUUGUCAGUUACAUUUGUCCCUUCAGAAAUGGGGUUGUUGUGGCCGUUCACUGACUCGCUGGGAGGUAAAGAGGAUCCCACUAAGGAGGUUUCAAAAAACAGAAGGAGAUGACUGUCAAGAUAAAUGUCCCAUAUGUCAUGAAGAGUUUAAUGAGGGACGUCUCAUAAGGCAGUUACCAUGUAACCACUGUUACCAUAGUUACUGUGUAGAUAGAUGGUUGGUGAAGAUGUCCAACAGAUGUCCACUGUGUAAACAGCGGGUGUCCAUCAGUUUGUUCUGUCCUUGGAACAAGCAGCAAAGAAAGAAGGAAAUGAAUGGGCUGAUAACUGCACAGGCAGAAGCUGAGGCUUCAGUGGAUGAAUCACUUCCAUUGCCACCACUUUCAACCUUGACCCCACAGAAUUGGUAUGGUGAGGAUAUCAUGUCAGGUCCUAGUAAAUUCAUUAUCAUGCGACCUGGAAGACCUACGCGAGUUAUUGAUGUUAGAGAGCAAAAGAAGAAGGUCAAGGCUGAACAGGAAGCUAAAGCCCUUGCUAAGAGACAGCAUGAUGAGGCUGCUGCUUUGUCUGAAGUUCCUGAAGGGUUAGAAGAAGAAGAAUCUCUCCUGAAAAAUGUUAGCCGUCAGCCAGAACCUGUCAACGUGUCAUGUGUGGACUCUGCUGAUACCAGGACAUUAGCUUGUAAGUGUGUCCAUGAGGGCAAGCCUUGCUUGUCAUAUUGUAAGUGUAGAGAGCAGGACUUGCUGUUGGAGUCAGAAUGUACGGCUAGCUGUGACAUUGAUGAAAGUCCAGUACUAGGAAAUCACCACAGAAAUCUAACAAAGCAUUCAAAAACUGAUCUUAGCAAAGGACAUUUUUGUGAUCCUUUGGAAACGACAAUAACAUUAAACAGUCGUUCCAGCAGUGUUGUGUCAGCCAAUCAUGCCAGGUCAGAAACUCCUACCAUGCAAUAUUCUAAUGACAAAGUCCCAUCUACAUCAGUCCCAAUCAAACAUCGAACUUGGCCAGAGAAUCUCAAUCAGUGUUCCUCAGAGGUGCUGGAGCUGAAUAUGGUGGUUAUAAAAUCUGAUUCUAUUGACCACAUUUACCAGACUUCGGACAAUAUUAAUAGUUCUUAACAAAUGUCAUCAAGGUUACUUUUGUUCUGAGUACCGUACUUCCAAACCAAAAAAAAAAUUUACACAUUAUAUGUUGGUGCAUGAACAAAUUUUUUGAACAAAUUUUUUUUUACAAAAAUGUUAUUGAUAAAAAAAACAAAAAAAUAGAAAAUAGUGUUUCUGAAUGACCUUCACCCCCUGCUGGCAGAAACUUCAAAAUGUAUGUAUUAAUUAAUUCCAUGACAUGGUGCCACUUUGUGUUAAAAAAAAUAGCUUACUAUUUUUUAUUGAAAUCAUUCCUUCCACAUUAGAUCCUAUGCAUUGUUUUUAACCUUUUGAUCCUAACCCAACUCCAUCUCACCCACAUCUAACUUUUGGUUACUUCUUCAAAAAUUUGAUUUUUUUUUGCCUGCCUUUCAAUUAGGUCUAUAUAUAUUUUUCCCCCCAUUUCUAAUUUGUUACUGGAUUGAUAAACAUGUCUCAGAAACAAAAUUUGUAUGACAAGAGGAAUCUUUUUAUUUUAAGGGGAUGUGUUCCUAUAUUCUUUACUCAUUGGAAAAUGUUAUCACAUCUGUAUCUAGGAGCUGUCAUGUUUGUAUGUACAUGAGAUUUGGGUAUCAGUACAUGUCUUUCCAUUAACUUGAUAACAGGUUGGUCUAGUGAUAAUACUCUCAGCUGCUUAUCUGAAGGUCUUAGGGUUGAGUCUGUUUGGAGAAGCUAGCCAGGAACUUUAUUUGGCAUUAAUAGAAUGGGCUGAAGUCCCAGAGUUACCCCAGCACUAAAUGAACAACUGACCUUAGCUGUGGAAAGCAAAGGCAGUAAAAUGUGUAGAAUUUAAUACGGAAACAACUGUACUUUAUGUCAUCCAUGCUAUUUUCUGCUUUGACGAAGGGAAGUUUACUUCUAUUUAUUUGGUUGUGUAUUAUUUAUUUGAAUUUAUUUCUCCACUUACCUAGGAUAUUUAGUAGACAUUCUGUUACUUGGUGAGAGGCAUUUUGACUUGCUUGUACUAUUGCUAUUAUAUCUUUUUUUUUUUAAGCCUUUCUCUUGCCUUGUGUCUGGAGUAUCUGGUGGUAAAUGUCUCAGGACUGGUUGAAGGCUAGGCACUCUUAUUGGGUAGCCAGUUAAUUUUUCUGUUGGGCCAUUAGUCUACCUACAGUAGGACUUGAAAUAGAUGACAUUACUUGAUAUUUUUUGGCCAGCAUAGUAACUGUGUAUCUUUAUGAAGAGAAAAGACAAAUAAAUAUUGGACUAAAGCUAGCUGACCCUGGUAUGUGAUUGUUAGAGGCUCACUAUCUUGGCUUAUAUCUUUGUUCUUGUUUCCAGAAGAUGCAAGAGUGGGGCUGCCAGUAGGCCACUGCAUUUACUUUCUUUUUUUUUUUUUUUUUUUAUCCAAUCUUCCCUGAUUUUUUGUUUAAAGAAUCUGUGGUCAUCAUGUCCAGCUUUUGCCUCAGCAUCAUGAUCUCUAAAUUCUUGAAAUUCAUUUGCAUCUCAUGAGUUCACAACCCUUGUCCAGUUUGUGGCUAUGCAUCUGUUCCAUGCUGCGACUCAGGAUUUUCCUUCAAGAACAAUUCCUGUAAAGCCUCUUAAUUAGGUUUUGGUGCUGCGAACAGAUCAGUAUUCUUGUCCCUUUGCAGUGAUUAAGAACAAUGGAAAUAACACACAACUCCAGAGUUAUUAGCUAACCACUUGGCUGUAGCUAUUGGUCCAAACUGCCCACAGGCUGUGAUGUCGCAGGUCAGUGUUCAGGCCUUCUGUAACGAAUGAUCUUGAAUAGCUAUUACCUUUCUCUUCUUCCUGCUCUCUCUCUCUCUCUCCUCCCCCCCCC